AUGGCUGCUAACAGGAGGAGGAUGAGUAGUGGGGCUGAUGACAUCGCCGGGGCGAUUCAUCGAAUAGUGGAUGCGAUGCAGCCACCUGUAGCGGCGCAGCCUAGAACGACAAUUGCACCAAUCAGGGUGCCUACAGUGGAGGAUUUCUUACGCCACAAGCCAGCAGAGUUCACUGGCAAAGCCUCCCCCAAUGAAGCGGAUGCAUGGCUCUGCAAAUGUGAGAAAAUUUUCAGAGUGAUGAAUUGUGAGGAUGAGCAGAAGCUGCUCUUUGCUACCUACCUGCUGAAUGAGGAUGCAGAAUAUUGGUGGACAGCUAGACAAGACCGGGAGGCAGAGUUCCUUGCACUGCAGCAAGGAGAUAUGUCAGUACAGGAGUAUGUCAACAGGUUUGAACAUCUAGCGAGAUACUCCUCGCAGAAUGUGACUGAGGAAUGGAGGUGCUUGAAGUUUGAGCGAGGACUCAAACAUGAAUUGAAGAAAGUGUGUGGCGGACCCCAUCUGAAGAGGAACUGCCCACAGCUGACCGGUGGUGUAGGGGGAUCCGGUGACCGUCCCAAGUGUUUCAUAUACGACAAACCGGGUCAUUUUGCUACUAAUUGCCCUGAGAAGAAGAGUCCUGGUGCAAAGAAACCAGCAGCAGCCUCGCCAGCAGAACGAGCUCAGCAGUUGGGAGGGUUUUUGCCAUGA